AUGGACGUGUAUAUACGGGCCGAGGACGACUAUACCGAGUUCUCACAAUAUCUCUUGUCCAAUGAAGGCUACAAGCGUACUCCAUCACGGCACCAAACUACUCCAUAUGCCCAAGAUGUUGAAUCAUUUUAUCGACAUGGUAGCGAGAGGACAGUGAGGAUUAUAGGCACAACACACAUGCCUAUUGAAGCUCUACUUCACGAGUCGUAUACUACGGCAUGCCUUAAUAUCAUUACCUGGAAUAAGGCAUACUGUCUUUUCCCACGGCUAACCCUCGCCCGUGGGAAGUCAUACCUCCUCAAGGAUAUGGAUGAAAACUUCGGCAAGCUUCUUGAGGAGUACGAGUUUCUGGGUUGGCCCUCUGGAAAUAUGCUAUGGGCAAAUAUCGAAGAGGUCGAAGACUACCUGCUUCAAACCCGGACAAUCGGUGGGAACUCUUUGAUAGUGCGGUUGGCUAGACACGAUCUCUGCAGUCCAAGAAAACCGGAUCAAGUGAUUGAGUAUAGCCAAUUUCAGCUUCAAAAAAGCGUAUAUAACGAUAUCUUCCUCUGCCCAACGCCUACGAAAUUUCUAAGUUCAUGCGCGUUGCGUCACACUUACUUACUUACCAGCAGUCAUUGGGAGUCGUUUGUGAAAAAGAGGUUGCAUAUGAUAGCGGCAGCCGAGCUGUAUAAGAUUCAGCCUAGAAGUCGUUCCGAUCGGGCUACCCGUGCUUUGAAUGCAGAUUUCAUUCACCUAGAUGAGUGGCCAGGGCUUGAAACGACCCAACCCACGAAAUACGAUCAUAUAAACAGGCCAGAUACCUGGACUUAUGCUGAUUGUCUGAUUCGUGAGUGGUAUUCUCAAUGGGCUAAGAAUCCUCAAUCCUAA